AUGAAACUUGUAAGCCCACCCCCUAAAAAUGUUGCUGUGAAACGUGAAUUGAAGCAUUACCUAGACAGAAAAUUUGAAACAGAAAUUGCUUCUUUGAAAACGGAAAUUAAUGGGGCCUCCCGUUCUGUAAAAAGAUUAAAAGAUGAUAAAGAGCAUGUAUGGCGAGGUAAUGGUAAUAAGGAUCAAUUUCUGUAUAAUUCUGAUUUGGCUGAUAAUCUCACCCAAGCAUUGUGGGGCAUAAAUGUUGGUAAAUUGGAUCAUACAAAAUAUAUUAUUCAUGAUUGUCUGGGGGGUUGGAUGGCUGAAUGGUUAGCGUGCGCGCGCUGUCUCAUACAGUCUGUCAUUGAGUCGACUGGCGUGGUUUCGAAUCCCCGGUUGUACGUGGCAAGGAGUAGGGUCGCCUGUCCAACCUCGUGGGUUACCCCAUUUCUCCCUCUCUCUCAUGAUUGUCUAGCUAAAAGAUCAAAACUUAUCAAAAUAGCUGAUUCAUUUGACGCAGGAUGGGAGACUGUAAAGUUGUAUGAAACCCACCCCCUUGCUGAUGAUUCUGAAGAUAAGAAAAUAAACAGAGCUGAGGCAUCAGCGUUGAGAAAAAAGAAGGAGAGGGUAACAAAAUUGAAGUCUAAACGUAAAUGACCACAUUCUAAUAAUGUUUCUUUUGGAGUUUCUACAGCACAGACCAGGAAUAUGUAUGCUAACCAGAAUUAUUCCUUUCGCCCCUUCCGAAGAAAUCAGGGAUCCUGUUAUGCCUGUGGAGAAUUCGGCCACUUCAGGAGAGAUUGUCCAAAUAUUGGAUCAGAAGCAGUAUCAGCCAUCAACCAGCAAAACUCAUGAAGAUAAUGAUUUUUUGAAAGAUAAGUACUCAGAUUUAUUGCAUUCCAUUGGAGGGGGUUUAACUAAUGAUUAUUAUGAAUAUGAAUCAGG